AUGAAAGUGAGUUUGGUUAAAAUUGCAUUCACAGCCUUGAUGGUAAGUGGAAUAAGCGCACAUCCAACAAAAGAAUUAGAAAGAAGAGAUUUGAUCUCAAAUAUUGAUGAUAUCGUUAAUUCAACAAUCGAUAAUGGUGAAGCUCACAAAGAUAACGCUAAGAGUGCCAUUACUGAUAUUUUUGACAAGAUAAACGAUGGGAUCAAGCAAGAUAUAGAUAAUUUGAAAGAGGUAGGAAAAUCUAUCGCUGAUUUGAUUAAGUCAGUUGUUCCUACUGAAGACUUAUCAACACCAGAAGGAGUGCAGGCUUAUUUAGGUCAACUUUUUGAAAAUGGAGAGGAUUUAUUCAAAAAUUCUAUUGAUAUGGUUGGACAUGGUUUGAAGCCAGGUAGCAUUGCUGGAAAUUUCGAAGGUUUCUCUGAUGAAAUUAAUACUUCGGAUAAUUUUAAUGUUAAGGAACCAGAAGGCUCUGUUUAUCCUCAAGCUGAAUCAGAAGACCCAUCUUUUUCACUUUCUGAAGAACAAUUACGCUCUGCCAUUCAGAUUCCUGAAGAAUUCCAGUACGGAAAUGGCUCUAAGUCUCCAGUUAUUUUGGUUCCCGGUACAGGUAGUAAAGGAGGUAUGACAUAUGCCUCUAACUAUGCCAAAUUGCUUAAGGAAACGGAUUUUGCUGAUGUCGUAUGGUUGAAUGUUCCUGGAUAUUUAUUGGAUGAUGCCCAAAACAAUGCCGAGUAUGUUGCAUAUGCAAUUAACUAUAUAUCAGGAAUUUCAAAUAAUAAAAAUGUUAGUAUUAUUUCUUGGUCACAAGGUGGUCUUGAUACUCAAUGGGCAUUAAAAUACUGGGCAUCUACCCGUUCAAAAGUAAGCGACUUUAUUCCUAUUAGUCCAGAUUUCAAAGGUACCAGAAUGGUACCUGUUCUUUGUCCAUCAUUCCCAAAAUUGAGUUGCCCUCCUUCUGUAUUACAACAAGAAUAUAAUUCAACAUUCAUUGAAACGUUGCGUGCUGACGGUGGAGAUUCAGCUUACGUUCCAACUACUUCUAUAUAUUCUGGAUUUGAUGAAAUUGUUCAGCCGCAAUCUGGAAAAGGCGCUUCAGGGUUGAUUAAUGAUAAUCGGAAUGUUGGUGUCACUAACAACGAAGUUCAAACUAUAUGUCCAGAUAGACCUGCAGGAAAAUAUUACACACACGAAGGUGUUCUUUAUAAUCCCGUUGGUUAUGCUUUGGCCGUGGAUGCUUUGACUCACGAAGGCCCAGGUCAAUUAAGCAGAAUCGACUUAGAUACCGAAUGUGGAAGGAUCGUACCAGAUGGGUUAACUUAUACAGAUCUUCUUGCAACCGAAGCAUUAAUUCCUGAAGCUCUUGUCUUAAUUUUAAGUUACGACGAUAAGACUCGUGAUGAACCAGAAAUUAGGUCUUAUGCUCAGUAA